AUGGCGCGGGGCCGGCGCGGGCCCGGCUGAGCGGCCGCUGCCCGGGGCCCGGCGGCCGCGGCUCGCAGCGCGGGGCCGGCGGAGGCGGCGCGCCGCCCGGAUGAGCAGCGGCCCGAAUGAGGAGCGGCCGCGGCGCCUACCGAUGCCUCGCCGCCGAGCCCGCUGCCUGCGCCAUGAACCCCGAGCUGGCUCUGGAGCCGCUGGGCAGCCUGCAUGAGCCCGAGCUGCUGGGCAGCCCCGGCCCGCACCACGGCGGCCGAGGCGGGGGAUCGCUGCGGGUGCCGCCGCCCCAGGAGCUGCCCGGCGGCGGCGGCGGCGGCGGAGGCGGCGGGGGGGGGCGGGCGGCCAUGGUGCCGGGCAUGGCCCCGCUGCUGGACGGCGCCGAGUUCCGGCCCGAGCUGUCGGUGCCGCUGCACCACGCUAUGAGCGUGCCCUGCGAGCCCUCGCCGCCCGGCAUGGGCAUGAGCGGCACCUACACCACGCUGACGCCGCUGCAGCCGCUGCCGCCCAUCUCCGCCGUGUCCGACAAGUUCCACCACCCGCACCCCCACCCGCACCACCACCACCACCACCACCACCAGCGCCUGGCGGGCAACGUCGGCGGCGGCUUCGCGCUGAUGCGGGACGAGCGCGGGCUGCCCGCCGUCAACAACCUCUACGGGCCGUACAAGGAGGUGCCGGCCGUGGGGCAGAGCCUGUCCCCGCUGGGCGCGGGGCUGGCCCCCCUGCACGGCGCUCAGCAGGGCCUGCACGGCUACGGGCCGCCCCCGCCCCCGGGCCACGACAAGAUGCUGGGGGCCGGCUUCGAGGCCGUGCCGCACCUGCCGCGGGGGCUGCCGGCGGCCCCGGCCCCGCUGCCGCACCUCAACGGGCAGCACCCCCCUGCCCCGCCGCCCCACGCGCUGCCCGCCGCCCGCGACCGCCCGCCCGCCGCCGCCCCCGCGCAGCAGCUGGAGGAGAUCAACACGAAGGAGGUGGCCCAGAGGAUCACGGCGGAGCUGAAGCGCUACAGCAUCCCCCAGGCCAUCUUCGCCCAGCGGGUGCUGUGCCGCUCUCAGGGCACCCUCUCGGACUUGCUACGGAACCCUAAGCCUUGGAGUAAACUGAAAUCCGGCAGGGAGACCUUCCGGAGGAUGUGGAAGUGGCUGCAGGAGCCGGAGUUCCAGAGGAUGUCAGCCUUAAGGCUCGCAGCAUGCAAACGUAAAGAGCAGGAACCGAACAAGGAAAGGAACAACUCCCAGAAGAAAUCCCGGCUGGUUUUCACUGACCUCCAGCGCCGAACACUUUUCGCCAUCUUCAAGGAGAACAAGCGCCCGUCCAAAGAAAUGCAGAUCACCAUCUCCCAGCAGCUGGGCCUGGAGCUCACCACCGUCAGCAACUUCUUCAUGAAUGCCCGUCGGCGCAGCCUGGAGAAGUGGCAGGAUGACCUGAGCACUGGGGGCUCCUCCUCAGCCUCCAGCACCUGUACCAAAGCAUGACCGCGUGAGCCGCCAAGCGGCGCGGGCGCGGUGGGGCCCUUCACUGGUGACUUGAAAGCACAAUCCUCCUGGAUCGUCCUGGCCUGGCUGCAAGGAGAGGACACUGUACGGCUUUUAGUCAGUUGAGAAGGCGCAAGUGAAGAAGUAACCUCUUUUUCUGUAACACUACGCUCAGGACAGGCGAAGCAGGUCUGAAGGAAGAGCCGUUGGUGAGGCGAGUUCCGCGCCGGAACGGAGCACAAGGCUGACACCAAGACGCCAAGGAGGCCGAGAACCUGUUUUUGAAUCUCAGGCAUGGUUUUGUUGAGUGUUCUAGGGGAACAAAAAUCAAAUCUAUGUUUUUCUUCCUUUCUUCUUCUUCUUUUUUUUUUUUUUUUUAAUUUUUUUUUUUAUUUCUUUUGUUCAAUCAGCGAGUAUAGCUUGAUCUUGGACCAGAAAAAAUCAGUUCACUUGAGCUCAAAGUGUCAAGCACAAAGACAAUAGCUAUAGAAAUAGGUGUGAUUCUGGACUCAAUACAGCCAUUAUUUUGAGAGGCAUUCUAAUUUACAAAGUUGAUAGUGAAAAUGUACAUGACUACACAAGUCUCAAGCACAGUUUGCAAUUUGUCACAAAUUCUGUGUUUGUACAUGAUGCAGAUGCACACUCAGGAGGUCAAUUUAACUGCUACAGUACUUGCAAACACAAAAUUUUGAAAGAUCUAGGGGUUUUUUUUUUGGUCACUAAGAAGUCCUUUUCAGUUAGCAGGAAUCUAUUUUCUCCUUUGUAGUCUCAUUGUUACUGAAACAUAUUUGGCACUUGACGCUUUUUUGUUCUUUUUUUUCAAAAUCCUUAUGGGAAUUUUAUGGUACUUUCAAGCAGGAAAAAAAAAAAACCAACCACAAACAAGCCUUUCAGAUGUCACUGACCGUUUUAGAUGUGUCGCAUACAACUUGAAAAUGCCAUUGAAAUCCAUCACACUUUCACUUCUUUUUGUCCACCAUUUCAUCCAACCUGACGAGAACGCAGCACACCAAAGAGACAGGAUUACUGCAAGCCAAAGAUAUUUGUAACUUGCCUUUUUCUUUUCACCAUCAUUAGCGUGGUCGUCGUUUUUGAGAUCAGAAAGCCUCACAAACAACACGAACAGUUUGUAAAUCUCUCAUGGUCGUUUGCUGCACCAGAAAGUGAACGCUGACCAAAACACGUGCGCAAAGUCCCGAGCGGCGCGGCCACUCCGAGUGCGUCCUUACCAGUGAAUGGCCCCUGUGAAAGCAAGCCAAACGCUGUAAUGCUUCGUUAGAGACACUUGUGACUUUUUUUAUGUACUACUUAAUCGAAACCAAAGAAACGUUUUCUGCACCUACUUCUUCUGCAACAAACUGUUCCAUUUAAUGAAUAAAAGGAUGGGGAAAAAAAGAAAUAAAAAAAUUAAAAAAAAACCAAAAAAACAAAAAACAAAACAAAACAACCAACCAAGGAAGCACGUCAGGAAGCAAACAAGUGACACACUGUGUUUUGACAGACAUGUGGGACAUUUUAGGAAGCAGAUUUCAAAGAAAGGGUUGACAAGAACAAAAACAAAGUAAAGCCGGUAUGAUUGCUGCUUCAUUUGACAACUCAGUCAUCUUAAAGUUGAAGAUUGUCUUUAAUUUGUGCCUAUGCAGUUUUUUUCAAAAGAACAAGGAACAGGGCAACCAAAACCUCAACAGCUACAAUACCAAAGAUGAGGAUUCUCACAACUGUUAUUUCAGUUCAUUAUCUCUUCUUGCACGACUAAGAUGUGUAUAGCACCAUUGAUCUGUGGAAAGGUAAUCAAUUCUGUUUCUUUGAGCAACUAAAUGGGUGAGUUCAUUUAUGUUUUUCCUGUGUCUACCCCACGUGGAAUCUCUCCGGGAGUUGCACGGACUCCAAGAGUAAGAUGUUGGGAUACUAAACUGGGAUGUACGAACAACAUUUCGGUUGGAUAGUACUUGUUCUAUCAGGUCUCUUGUGUGCUUGGAUCUUCUGUAUGUGAAACCAGUUGAAUAGCCUAUACCCCCUUUCUCACGCCCAGGGAUAAAACUUGCGAUGUAUGUACCAAAUUAUUUGCUUUUAAGUACUGAGCACCGUUACAGUCCCGCUCACUAUGGUCAGAACCUUAUCUGAUCUGUAACUGAGGUUUCAGCAGUUCACAUGGCAAUUUGGUAAUUUGUCUGGACGUGUUCUGUUCCUUGGUCAAAGGCACAGUGAUCCGAAUCAUGACAUGCAGACCUAGAUUCAAACUGGGGAGCAGAGCGAUGCCCCAUGUAUCAUUCUGCUCCAUCCCAACAUUUAAAUGAAAGCUUCUUUUUAACUUCUGUGCAAAACUACCACAGUCAUUUUCCAUAAUUUACAUUAAAUAUAUAUACAUAUAUCUAUUAAAAAUUUAAAAGCCUUGUCUGCCCAGGACAGGAGGGUUUUCUGAAAAGUAAGUUCAGGAUCCUCACGACAACCAAGCUGACGGCACGUCCCAGCUCUGGAAAUCAAAACUUCUUCAAAAGUGGAUUUCCCAGGCUGAUCAAACAUGGUUACAAACCAAUCCAAGGAGCCUCCUAAUCAGCCGUGGUGUGAAGCUGAAACAAACAGUUCAGGUCUGGGAGCUGUGCACCGAUGCUGCUGGGUGCUGAGAUGCUGUGGUUGUAUUCUACGUUCACCUUUGCCCACAUCUAACAUGCAUACCAAUCUCUACAUGCACAUCCUGAGCGUGGCAUUGACCUCAAGGGAAAUUUCUCAUUCUGAAAGUGUUCUACUGCAUUUCAUAGCAGUGUUAUGCAGUGCUGUUUUUGGGGUUACUCUUCUCAUUCCAUUCCAUAAUGCCUUUGUAACUACCCAAAGAAUGGACGCCACCAUUGGUAGAAACCGAGAACACCAUUUCCAACCUUCCCUUACCUCAUUGCAAUCACAAGGCAAAAAGGUGUGUUUCCGACCAGAGAGGAGCGUGCUUAGCAGUUGGUGUCCCUGCCACAGACAAAAGAACCUGUAGGUCACCUCCAGGGAGCGGGGGCACGCCCAGGCUGACAGCUUUGCCUCCUGCAUCCCACACACUGCAGAGGGAAAGAGGAGCAUAACUCAUGGUGUUUAUGAGCAAAAACCUUUUUAUACCUGUUCAGAGUUCAUCCAAGAGCUUUGAUGAAGUGCAGAUCAAAUAGCACUUAUAAAAGAAUGUAUCUCCAAUGAAAUAAUUAAUUUUCCUCAAAUUGUGGAAGUCCUUAUUAUGCAAUUUUAUGGCUUAAAUUCUUGCCUUCAUCUUUCAAAUGUUGAUACUGGAAACAACGUAGGUAAGCUGAAGGAGUGGCACUGAGGAUGACAUCACUGUCCAUUCAACAGUAUUUGGUUAGCAGAACACGUGAGCCUUCUCUGCACUGGUGAUUGCAGGUAUAACAGUGCCCAUGUUUCCAUCAUACUUGUCAAAAUUCACUUUCAUCUGAAAAUACUGCUGCAUUUUUUAUCCCUGCUUCUUUCAUGGCCCUAUGUUACGUCUUCCAUUUCACCCUCAACUACUCCAGGCUUCUAUGUAGCAGCUGACUCAGAAUAGGAGUAUCAAUAGCAUAUACUGUGGGUAGAUAUAUUUGUAUGUACACACAUGAACAAAAUAUAGAGUAUAUAUUUACUAUAUAUAUGUAUACUCUGAUACAUAUACUGUAAUAUAUACUAUAUUCUGUUCAUACUAGAAAACCUCAAAUAGAUAUGUUAUGUUUAUAUACCAUAUAUUUAUAAAUCUGUAUAGCUGUGUAAUGUAACUCGUUCCUUUUAUUUAUUCUAAUAUGAGAGACUAUUAUCUAAGGACAGUAUCCCAGCAUCUUCCUUGCCGUGCGCUUGGAGUUACUAUCAUGGGCACAUCCAAGAUGAAUUCAACUUUCAAGAAACCUUGGAUAUUGUUAAAUCAUCUGUGAAGGAAGAAAGAAUGUGCUUGAUUACUUCGGUUGAAUAGCUUUAUUCUGGAUCUCUCUUAACUAAAGCUAAAUCCAAAGACCUGUGAAGGACUCAACCAGCAAACUACUCUCAAUCCUGCAUUCAAGGGAAUAGGGACUGCCUUUUCCAAAACAAAACAUGGUACUGACAUGGUAUUGGAAAGAGUGUGCUAGCUUUGGGAAAAAAAACAAAACAAAACAAAACAAAACAAUGCUUUUCUUGCUUGUCAUGAUACCUACGGAUUUUUAAGACAUGGGGAAAGUUUAUACUUGGCCUCCUUUAUAUUUAUUAAGGGGAUUUUUUUUCCCUUUCUUUUUAAAUGGAAAGCUUAAAAUCGUUUUUUUUUUUUUUUUUCCUGACAGUUGUAGGUUUUAACCUAAUAUAUUCUCUACCAAUGAUGUAAUUUAUUUAAUUAAGUUUUAGAGUAGGUAGAAAUACCUGUUCAGUCCAAAUCCCACCUUUUUUCAUUUUGUCUUUAAAGUUCAAUGGGAGUCUUGCCUGAAAACAGGAUCAGGGUCAGGUGUUAGUUGUUUGUAACUAUUUAAUUCAGCCAUUUGGGGAUUUGGGUUACUUUUCCUUAUUUAUUCAUUUUACUGUUGUAGUGCAUCAGAGAUGCCAGCCUAUGUUAGUAGCUACACUUAAAAGUUAGCUUAGCUUCCUAAAGCAGCCAAGUUCUGUUACAGGCAGGAGGAAGUUUACGAGUUACAUAAAGCAUGAGUCUAAAUCUAGAUUCUUCUUUUAAUUGAUUUUAAUCAUUAAAUAUCAAAAUUUAAAUUAUUUGAAUUGAUCUUAUCUGAUUAGAAAAUGUGAUGUACCUUUAUUAUGGCACACAAAGCCUUCAUAAUAUAAUUUAUUUAUUUAAGUUAUUCAUCAUUGUCCCAGGAUGCCCUUUUUUAGUUUUUAGGGUUUUUUUUUAUUUUGAAUUACUUUUGAAUUACUUUUAAAGCACUACAGAUAAUUUCCUGUCCAAAAACGGAGCAAAUUAUGUGGACAAGCAAUGAAUAUUCAACCUAAAACCGUGCAUUCAGAAACAACAGGAAAAAGAGACACUGAGAUACUUUGCCUGAACUUUGUGGCUUCUUAAAACUUAAGCUGGGGGAAAAAUAAUCCAUGCCAAGCAAAAAGAGAGAAACCCUUAACCUAGCUGCUUCCAAGAAUGAACUUCUGUGUGUGUAAAAAAGAGAAAAAAGAAAAAAAAGGGAAAAAAGAAAAAAAGAAAAAACCUUUCUAUUUCUAGUGAGAACCAAAGAGGCUACCUCACUGACUUUUUCCAUUUGUAAUUUUAAUCGUGUUGAUGAUACCAAAGAUACCAAAGAUUUCUUUCUCUGUGCGGUCUGCAUUUUGCUUGUGCUCUUUUAUAGUUUUAACUUUUCUCUCCUACUUACAGUAAUGUACAGCUGCAACUUAGAUACCCCAAAGAAAUACUUCUGGUGGAAGCUGCUAAUUCUGAAGACAGCAUUUUCUUUGUUUUCCUUAUGCCCUUCUGACAGGCAAAAAAGUCCAAGAUCAUCACCCCCUGCACCCCACCAGAGCCAGUGGCUGGAGCACUUGUGUUGAGCCAGGGGUGGAUCUGGGCGGCAUUUCCAGCCCAGCCCUUGGUGAAAGGCUGCAGGCUGCUGCGUGGAUAAAGGGGUGGGAUUCCUCUACUGAGUCCAGGCAGAGAAAAUAAGCAUCAAGUCCCAUGCUCAAACAAAGCCCUGGGCACAGGGAAGAAAAGGUCUUGUCCAUUCUUUGACAGUCUGUAGAUGCCAGCAGCAGGCAAGGGGAAUGAUGAGGGAAAGCGUUCAUGCAGCUGUGGUGAGGCAGAGCCCAUCACCCUGUUUCACCCCAUGUCAACCUGUGUCACCUUGUGUCACCCCAUGUAUCCCCAUGUCAGCCCAUGUCACCCCUGUCACACCAUAUUGGGAUCCAUUACGGAGAUGGAGGGAGAACCUCAUGAGCCCUCUUUUCUUGACACUUUUCUUAUAUGUUCAUACUCCCUCUUGAGAGCUGACUGAGUUAAUCAAGCUUGUAAAGAAAUGCUCAAAUUCUUUUAAAAUCAGUACGGUUAAGUAUUUGCUGAAGUCUUUUUCUGGAUCAGGUUGUGUAAGGAGAUGCAGUAUCACCCAACUUUAUACCUUGUGUCUGCUCUUCUAGUGAGCAUUGUAUAUGUCCUUCACUCAGCCUGGAACACAUUUUUGCCAUGCUUAAACCAUUGUUUUUUACAUAAUGCAGUGUGGUUCUUUGCCAGUUUGAAGUAACAUUUCAAAGAAACUAACACAUAAAUGCAGUUGGCUCUGUUUUCCCAGUUUCAACAGGACUAAUUAAUUUCUUCACCUUUCAAUAAGCUAUCAAGAUGAUAUAUCCCCGUGCCACCCCAUGGUGCCCUGUGUCACCCCAUGUCACCCCAUGUCAUCCUGUGUCACUCUGCCUGGCUGCUGGGGGAAUGAUGCCUGCCAGGUAUGGACCACUUUGGUUCCACACCAGGGGAGCUGUACCCCAGGAUGGGCACUGGGCUUCUAGGAGCCCUGCAGGCAAGGGACAUGGCAGCGGCUGCUCAAUCCUGAUAUUUCUUUGUUGUUGUUUACAAUUUCCAUAUGAAAAUCAAGUAAUUGUUUUUCUCAAGUUAGCCAUGAAACAAAUCUCAUGAAGCUCAAUUCAUAUCCUGUUCCUAGGUGAUUACUUAAAGUUAGCUGCUUGGGGAAUAAUUGUUGCCCAUUCCUUUUUGUUCCUUGUAUCCUGUUCAUAGGACUGCAUGCAGCGCUCUGGGGAGCCAGGCCCACCUCAUCCAUCACUUGUACCCUCAUGCAGCCCCCACCACUUCCUGCUGCUGGCAGAGCCCACACCCCAGUGAGAGACAGAGGAAGGGCUGCAUGGGCUGGCAGAUAGGGUGGGGAGAGGAACCCUUGCCCAGAUCUCAGGCUGGGCCCUGCCCUGAGGUGUGCAUGCCACACUAGGCUGCAGUGGGCUGCAGUAGGCCACACUAGGACAUGCUAGGCCACAGUAGGCUGCAGUAGGCCACACUAGGCCGCACUAGGCCACACUAGGCUGCAGUGGGCUGUAGUAGGCCACACUAGGCUGCAGUUGGCUGUAGUAGGCCACACUAGGCCACGCUAGGCCAUGCUAGGCCACAGUGGGUUGCAGUAGGCCACACUAGGCCGCAGUAGGCCACACUAGGCCGCAUUAGGCCGCAGGGGAUCUGGCCUCCCAUUGUGGAUCCACAGCAACAAGGUGCCAAUGGCUCAACACAAGCUCCACUUUCAUUAAAUGUUGUCUUUUAUUUUGUAUUUCACCUUCAAGUCUAUGGGAAAAUAGAGGGACUUGUCAAGUGUGCUUUUUAUAUCUCUGUGUAUUCCUUCAGUAGAAAGCUAUAACAGUUCUCAGGAUGCCUUCCCAGUGCAGAGGAGCCACUGGUCCUGUGUGAGGUGACUCCUCCACACCGUGCCCUCUUGCCAUGCCCUGUACAGAAGGGUUGGGGAUCGGAUGGACAUAGAAGAUGCUCAGAGUUGGCAGGUUCCUCUUAACAGUAACUGCGUUUCUUACCAGACACAUGCUUUACUUGGAAAGUGUAACAUUACCACGGGACGAGUGCCUUGCUUGAACCAAAGCAACGAUUUUGCCAGUUUAGACCUCUCUGUGCUUUUUUUUUUAAUUCUUCCUGUGAAUACCUCAGCUUCAACUGGGCCGCCAUAUCGUUCCUGGUGGGCUUAUUGUACUGUGGUGCUUUGCAAUGCAACUCUGCAAAGAACAACUUGUAAUAAUACCAAAGGAUCUUUUCCUCUCCCAAUUCUCCCCCUUCCCUUCCCUUCCCUUCCCUUCCCUUCCCUUCCCUUCCCUUCCCUUCCCUUCCCUUCCCUUCCCUUCCCUUCCCUUCCCUUCCCUUCCCUUCCCUUCCCUUCCCUUCCCUUCCCUUCCCUUCCCUUCCCUUCCCUUCCCUUCCCUUCCCUUCCCUUCCCUUCCCUUCCCUUCCCUUCCCUUCCCUUCCCUUCCCUUCCCUUCCCUUCCCUUCCCUUCCCUUCCCUUCCCUUCCCUUCCCUUCCCUUCCCUUCCCUUCCCUUCCCUUCCCUUCCCUCCCCUCCCCUCCCCUCCCCUCCCCUCCCCUCUCCUCCCUCUUCCCUUUCCAUUUUCCUUUCCCCAUCCCCACCCCCCUCCCCAUCUCUUUCUCCUUCCCGUUCUGCUCUCCUCUUUUCUAUUUCUUCAUGGUUCCAAAGCUUUAAUAUAAACCUGGGCAUGUUGGCAACGCAGACCGUGCAAUCCCUUACCGAAUUUUCUCAGAUAUACCUCAUAGAUAAUAGUUGUUUAGAGUAAUGUUAUUAUAGCGUAUGUAAUAAAUUAUUCACUGUUUCUUUUUGGUAACUGUGAUCUAAAAAAAAAAAAAAACCCACAAAAAAAAAAAAAGCUUUAUACGUUUUAGGUUGUGCUUUUGUAAUAGACAAAAAAGGUGCGCUUAAAAAUGUAUGUCAGUCUUUCUUCCCGUUGAAAUUUUUUUUUUGUGUUUGUUAAUUAUGGAUUGAGGAAAAGUUGCAGAAUGAGCCCAAAGUUUACAGUUUCAUAUUUUGCUGAAGAAACAAUCUGUGUUAAUUUGCUCUGUUGAAAAAAAAGAAAAAAAAAAAAGAAAAAAAAUUAUUUUCUACAUUUGUGCUACUUGGUCUGAACCGCAAAUUGUUCUGUGUUACCGUGUAAUUUUAUAAUUAGCAACUGCCAAUCAGUGCUAUCAUUUUUAUGCAUGAGACAAAAACUUCUUAGCAAUGUGAUGCAUCGUGGUUCUUAAUGGCAACUUCUUUUCUUAAAUUUGAAAAUAGAUCUUUUGGUUUAAUGGUAUUUAUUUAUGCAUGGGAGCCUGUUAUCUGUUAGCAGUUGUGGAGCAGUCGUGUAUACAUUUAAACUGCAAAAACGUGCACAGUUUUGCCUCGUACAAUGAAGUACCGAUAAAUACCAAUAUCUAGAUCUGAGCUACUUGUGUUUGGAAUGCGACCAACUCAAACUGAACCCAAGUUAAAUCAAUUGUUAUUUGAGGAGAAUCUGACCAUCCGGCAGUUUUGCCCAGCCAAUUUAUAAGGCAGUCAUUAGAAAACACAUUGCACUGACAGCGGAGCCAGCUGUGCAUCUUCUCUAGAAAAAAAGCAGUUCCUUUGGCUUUAUGGCCAUGCCAAGGCUAGCUGUGGGCUUCCCGUGGGUACUGUUGCUCCCAUUGGGCUCCCACUGCCACCUCCCUUGGUCAGCAUUGGUCACAGUGCUCUGUGCCCACUUAAGCCACCAUUCCUGCCAUUGGUGAGUGUUGCUCUUGAGAGUUCCUGCUUUAAGAGAUUUACCGUCCAUUACAUCCGGGUCCAGACUUUCAUGACCCUAAAUCACCAAUGGCACUAAGCAUAAAGCCAAACCAGCUCCUGAGUACACUUUACUUUGCAUAGAAGAGUGCAACUUAGGGAAUAGGAAGUACGAAAGUCGCAGUCUUCUAAUGAGACAUCUGGAGUUAACGUCUGUAGGGUGUUUAUAUUAUCUGUCAUUAAGGGUAUAUUAGAGAUGUGCUUUCAUUAGUGCAAAGAAACAUAUUUUUAUUUGGCCUUAUAAAGUAGACUGUGAUAAUGAAAGCUUUGUAUUAUAGUCUGUUUAUUUUUUUUUCUUAUUUAUCUGCCAAAGACAGUAAUGGAUACAAGAAUUUUAGACAGGACUUUUUUUUUUUUUUCUUUUCUUUCUUUUCUUUUUUUUUUUCCGUAAGACAGUUAAUGAUUGUAAUAGUGCUUAAUCUUCUAAAAAGCUUUAUAUGUUCUUCCGCAAUAAGCAGAAUCAGUGUUAGUUUCUGUAAACCCACCCCACGUUACCAGACCCUAUAGACUCACACACAGCACAGUGUUUGCACUGCUCCAUGUUAAUUCUUGUGCAUUGUUCAGUCCGGAGUAACGAGGGCUGUGUGAGACAAUGGCAGUGGGCGCUGCUGUGCUCAGCAGUACGCAGUCCAGCUUACCAAAAUUUUCCAAGGUACUUGUAUUACGAAAUUCAAGGUAUAUUUUGUUAUGCCAUUUUAUGUCCUUUUUUAACUUUGUGGAAGGUGAUAUGUUGAACUGAGUGUAAGCUGAGUUUUUCAGACAAAUAAAGUAGCUAAAGAGUGAAUGUUAUUUUAUCAUUAAAGGGUUUUUACUCAAUGAUUUGUGCCAAUAGAUGUCCUUUAUCCUAAUGACAAGUACUACACUGUUUUAAGAUUUUUAUUUAUAGCUAUUGAUGUAAAACCCACACACCCAUAUUAUUUGCCAAAGUUCAAUAAAAGAGGAAAACAA